UUGUAGUCAUGGUCUGAGGCUGCUUUUGGUAACAAGAACGUGCUGGUGGCUGGUAGAACAUGCUCAUGUGUUCAGUGCAGUCCCUACGUGGGAGGACCAGCCAUACCCCGCUGGCGUGCUCCGUCCCCCUUUUCUGUGCGUCUUUGUGUUCUGGACUCAUCGUCUGUGUUACUUUAGUAAGCAGUGAAAGGACAGACUCACGCCUCGUUGUCCCCACGUGUGGGGCUUUGUCGUGAGGCCGCUGGUGCACAGUCGGACACACGGAUCCCAGGUGUGACCCUGUGGCGGUUACAUGGUUAUGUUUUCUAAGUUUAAUGAAUUGCUCGAUAUUCAUCCAACUUGAACAAGUUGUUGCUAGUGCUUUUUUCCAACUGCAUAGAUUGCCUGUAGGAGGCUUGCAUGUGUGUUUUUUGAGGUGUCCUUGGGGCCUGAUAGGUGUUGCCAUCUUCCCAAGCAGGCUGUGCAGAGGAGACACCGAGGUGAGCAGUGGUUGUUGCUGCUGGGAGUGUUGGAGGUGACGGGAAGGAUGUUGGUCUCCUUGGUUUGAGUGAACGUGCUUGCUGUGUACACAUUUUUCCUACUUGCGCGGUUCGUAGAAGUUCAGAUAAACAGUGGUUGCUUGCUGAACGCAAACGUAGUUCCAUGCUAAGACCCCAACCACCAGUCAACCCGUGCUUUCCAGAAGGGAUGUGGGCCGAGCAGUGGAGCCCCAAGCUGCCCUCCUGGUGGAGAAGGGCAGGCAGGGCUCGGCCUCCAGAGCCGCGCACCCUUCCUGCGGAGAAGAGAAACUUGAACCCAAGCAGCUGUGACUUUGUCCAAGGUUGUAUGUGGGGUUGGCUGCGUGGGAGGGAGAACCUGAAACCCUCGGGUCCCUCCCUCCCUCACUCCUUUCCUCCCUCCCUCCCUCACUCCUUUCUUCCCUCCCUCUAUCCUUUCCUCCGUCCGUCCCUCCCUCCCUCCAAGAACAGCUGUACCAGGCUCCUGGUCCUUCAUCUUCCAUUGACUCCCGAAAGACUCGCCAGUCACCGCUGAUCUCUCUGUAAACAGUCGGCCAUUCUGUCCGGACAAAGGGCCUGAGCAGGAAUCCGCUGAAAACAUGGGAGAGGAGUGGGGAAGGGCCCUGGAUGGGGCUCAUUUUGGAAAGACACCUAUAAUCCUUGGGAAAGACCUUUAGAUGUAUUUUCUUAGUUGAAUGUAUUUGUAAUUUUUAUUUUAACCUGAUUUUCAUGGAACUUCAGAUUUCAGAAAGGUUGCAAGACCAGUGUGGAGAACACCCACCCGGCCUUGGCCUUCGUUGCCCAAAUAUCAACCUCCUGCCGUGUCGGCCGUGUCCCUCCUGCUCCCCGCCCCGCCCUGGGUCUCCAUCUUUCACCCUCACGUUGUUUCUGAACGGUUGGGAAGAAGCAGCUGAGUGGUGUCCCCCUCACAGGAGAUGGAAAUCCAAGAGAAAACAGCCCAUUCCUCAACAAUGUUGAGGCGGAACAGGAGAGUUUCUUUGAAGGGAAGAACAUGGCACUUUUCGAGGAGGAGAUGGACAGCAACCCCAUGGUGUCCUCACUGCUCAACAAGCUGGCCAACUACACCAACCUGAGCCAGGGCGUGGUGGAGCAUGAGGAGGACGAGGAGAGCCGGCGGCGCGAGGCCAAGGCUCCGCGCAUGGGCACCUUCAUUGGCGUCUACCUGCCGUGCCUGCAGAACAUCCUGGGCGUCAUCCUCUUCCUGCGCCUGACGUGGAUCGUGGGGGUGGCUGGUGUCCUGGAGUCCUUCCUCAUCGUGGCCAUGUGCUGCACCUGCACAAUGCUGACCGCCAUUUCCAUGAGUGCGAUCGCUACCAACGGCGUGGUGCCAGCUGGCGGCUCCUACUACAUGAUAUCGCGCUCACUGGGACCCGAGUUCGGAGGCGCUGUCGGCCUCUGCUUCUACCUGGGCACGACGUUCGCAGGGGCCAUGUAUAUUCUGGGGACCAUCGAGAUCCUUCUGACAUACAUCUCCCCGGGUGCGGCCAUCUUCCAGGCAGAGGCUGCGGGUGGCGAGGCGGCCGCCAUGCUGCACAACAUGCGUGUGUAUGGCACGUGCACGCUGGUGCUCAUGGCCCUGGUGGUCUUCGUGGGCGUCAAGUACGUCAACAAGCUGGCGCUGGUCUUCCUGGCCUGCGUCGUGCUGUCCAUCCUGGCCAUCUACGCCGGUGUCAUCAAGUCUGCCUUCGACCCCCCGGACAUCCCGGUCUGCCUCCUGGGGAACCGCACGCUGUCUCGGCGCAGCUUUGAUGCCUGCGUCAAGGCCUACGUCACCGACAACAACUCGGCCGCCUCUGCACUCUGGGGUCUCUUCUGCAACGGCUCCCAGCCCAGCGCCACGUGUGACGAGUACUUCAUCCAGAACAAUGUCACCGAAAUCCAGGGCAUCCCGGGCGCGGCCAGCGGCGUCUUCCUGGAGAACCUGUGGAGUACGUACGCGCACGCAGGGGCGUUUGUGGAGAAGAAAGGUGUGCCCUCGGUGCCUGUGGCAGAGGAGAGCCGCGCCAGCACGCUGCCCUACGUGCUCACCGACAUUGCGGCCUCCUUUACCCUCCUGGUUGGCAUCUACUUCCCCUCCGUGACCGGUAUCAUGGCGGGUUCAAACCGGUCCGGGGACCUCAAGGAUGCGCAGAAGUCCAUCCCCACGGGGACCAUCCUGGCCAUAGUGACCACGUCUUUCAUCUAUCUCUCCUGCAUUGUGCUGUUUGGGGCCUGCAUCGAAGGUGUGGUCUUACGAGAUAAGUUCGGGGAGGCCCUGCAGGGGAACCUGGUCAUCGGCAUGCUGGCCUGGCCCUCCCCCUGGGUCAUCGUCAUCGGCUCCUUCUUCUCCACCUGCGGCGCCGGCCUGCAGAGCCUCACGGGGGCACCGCGCCUGCUGCAGGCCAUUGCCCGUGAUGGCAUCAUCCCCUUCCUGCGGGUGUUUGGCCACGGGAAGGCCAACGGGGAGCCCACGUGGGCGUUGUUGCUGACGGUCCUCAUCUGUGAGACUGGCAUCCUUAUUGCCUCCCUGGACAGCGUGGCCCCGAUCCUCUCCAUGUUCUUCCUCAUGUGCUACCUGUUCGUGAACCUGGCCUGCGCCGUGCAGACCCUGCUACGUACCCCCAACUGGCGUCCACGCUUCAAGUUCUACCACUGGACCCUGUCCUUCCUGGGCAUGAGCCUGUGCCUGGCACUGAUGUUCAUCUGCUCCUGGUACUAUGCACUCUCCGCCAUGCUCAUCGCUGGCUGCAUCUACAAGUACAUCGAGUACCGCGGUGCCGAGAAGGAGUGGGGCGACGGCAUCCGCGGCCUGUCCCUGAACGCUGCCCGCUAUGCCCUGCUGCGUGUGGAGCACGGGCCUCCCCACACCAAGAACUGGAGGCCCCAGGUGCUGGUGAUGCUGAACCUGGACGCAGAGCAGGCUGUGAAGCACCCCCGCCUGCUGUCCUUCACGUCUCAGCUGAAGGCCGGCAAGGGCCUGACCAUCGUGGGCUCGGUGCUGGAGGGGACGUACCUGGACAAGCACACAGAGGCACAGCGGGCCGAGGAGAACAUUCGGUCCCUGAUGAGUGCAGAGAAGGCCAAGGGUUUCUGCCAGCUGGUGGUUUCGUCCAGCCUGCGGGACGGCAUGUCUCACCUGAUCCAGUCGGCCGGCCUGGGCGGCCUGAAGCACAACACAGUGCUCAUGGCCUGGCCUGCGUCCUGGAAGCAGGAGGACAACCCCUUCUCCUGGAAGAACUUCGUGGACACCGUCCGCGACACCACCACCGCGCACCAGGCUCUACUGGUGGCCAAGAACGUCGACUCGUUUCCGCAAAACCAGGAGCGCUUCAGCGGGGGCUGCAUCGACGUGUGGUGGAUCGUGCAUGACGGCGGCAUGCUCAUGCUGCUGCCCUUCCUGCUGCGCCAGCACAAGGUGUGGAGGAAGUGCCGGAUGCGCAUCUUCACCGUGGCCCAGGUGGACGACAACAGCAUCCAGAUGAAGAAGGACCUGCAGAUGUUCCUGUACCACCUGCGCAUCAGCGCCGAGGUGGAGGUGGUGGAGAUGGUUGAAAACGACAUUUCUGCUUUCACCUACGAGAGGACACUCAUGAUGGAGCAGAGGUCACAGAUGCUGAAGCAGAUGCAGCUGUCCAAGAACGAGCGGGAGCGAGAGGCCCAGCUGAUCCACGACAGGAACAGUGCGUCCCACACCGCAGCAGCGGCCAGGACCCAAGCGCCGCCUACGCCAGACAAGGUGCAGAUGACCUGGACCAGGGAGAAGCUGAUUGCCGAGAAGUACAGGAACAGAGACACCAGCCUGUCUGGGUUCAAAGACCUCUUCAGCAUGAAGCCAGAAUGGGGAAACCUGGACCAGUCCAACGUCAGGCGGAUGCACACGGCUGUGAAGCUCAAUGGCGUCGUCCUCAACAAGUCCCAGGACGCACAACUGGUCCUGCUCAACAUGCCAGGGCCCCCCAAAAACCGGCAGGGAGACGAGAACUACAUGGAGUUUCUUGAGGUCCUGACCGAGGGGCUGAACAGAGUCCUCCUGGUCAGGGGUGGCGGCCGGGAGGUGAUCACCAUCUACUCCUAACGCCCAACAGCGUUGCGGCGCGCUGGGACGGGCACGGAGGACGGCGUGGGUGGCCUGCACCUGGGCUUGGCCCAGGGAAACAGCAAACACACCUGUCCCCCAGUGAUGCCACCCAACCUGCCCGUGGGGCUUCCUACGGAAGUUUCUAGGCCCGUCACCUGGGGCUCUCCUGUUCAGCAGCCUUAAACGACAGGCUCAACCAGCAAGGGCGCGGCUGGACGAUUUCCUUGCGUCCGAGGGCAGACACUGCUGCAGGAGUGACCUGGACGUGGCCGCAUCUUCUCGCAGGUCACAAGACGCCAGCGAGCCCUCGCCUUGGUUUCUGGAAGUUCUUUUCUUGGCUGGACUUACCCAGUGGUUAGGUUGCAUUUCUACCCCAUCCAGAACAUUCUUGGAAGAGCACCCGGAGCCGAAGCUGUCCCUGGUGAUGAAGGUGAAACGUCAGCCCUGGCCGUGGCUCCGCUCAGGGCCCUGGUCACCUCCGAGUCGCUGUGUUCCUUGACUGUCUUUGUGUUUCUGCACCUCAAGGCAGGGAGGCUGGAGGACUCUGUCCAUGCCCGUGUCACCCUCGUGUGGGAGCAUCUGGGCUCAGCAGGUCCGCGUUUCACGAGCUGAGGCGUGGGCUGGGGCCAUCUGGAAAGGGAACUCAGCUUUUCUGGAAUAUGGUGGAUCAUCUGUUGUGUGUGUGGUGAACACGGUGUGUUCGUCAGGGCCUAUGCUCCAGGAAGGAGCCCCCAGUUGUGGCUCUGCCAUGCCGGGCUGUGUUCGUAGCCAUCCGAGUCUCCAUCCGCCUUCAGAAAACCAGCCACUUCUUUUCAUAAGCACUGACAGGGCCCAGCCCACAGCCACCGCUGCCGUCAGUGCCUCGCACAGGUGAAUGCACUGAAACCCAGGGGCACACGCACACGGAGUGAACACCGAGUUCCCAUACGGCCCACGACAGCCAGGACUCUCCAUCCCACCCCACCCCAGGAGCAUGGCACAUGGUUCAGCCUCUGAGCCGGCUCACACGUGCCAUCCCCACCCGGGCGCUCCAGGGAAGGUGGACACGGCCCCUGCGUGGGAGGUCCUCAGGCAGCAGUGGCGCCUGGCGUCGGACCUGUCUGGCUGAGUCCCGGGCGUCCCCUCCAUGGCCUGUGCCUUGCGUGGAGGCGGCGGCGGCGGCGGCACUGAAGAGAUACCUUUCAAGGGCCCAGCACACUUUGCACUUCCGCUGUGAGUUUGCUUUACAGGCUGUGGUCACAUUUGCAGACUGCGAGCAGUGGCACCGACUUGGGCCUUCCUUUGUGUGUGGCGUAUUUAUUUAUUUAAACACCCCAGGGAGUUACAUGGUAAGGAGGUUGUCCAUAAAGAGCUUGCUUCUAUACUGGAGGCCCCAGAUGGCCAGGCCUCGGGCUGCGUCCGGCUUGCACGGUCUCCCGAGGGAAUCAGCCCCAUCAACGAAGUUCAAAUCAGGGCAGAGGCUGCACUUGUGCCUCCAGACAGUGGUUUCCGCACCAGGCUGGCAUUGCUGUAGAGUGACGGCUGCCUAGAGCAUGUCCCGGACAUCACAGCGGGGCUCAGCAGUUCCCACAGCCUCUGCCUGCCUUGGCUAAGUGUGAGUUAAGCAGCAAAACUCUCCUCCGUGUAUGAAUGGGGCCAGCAGGUCCUGUGUCCCCUGCACCUGGAGGAGAGCAGGCUAGAGGCACAGUGGCCGCUGGGUGCUGGCUCUGAAUGUCGGUUGGUGGCUGGAGAACAGCCCUGUGUGCUGGAUGCCUCUGAGGGCCGCUCAGUCCCGCACACCAAACGGCUCGUGAGGGCUCAGCUCUGCCUCCGCCCUGGGCUGCAGCCUCUGCAAGCAAGCGACAGGCAUCCUUUCUGUUAUCAACUCCAUGUAACCAGUAACUACGGCCAUUUAUAAUUGACUCCGUUUCCUUUUGUAGGUUCCCUGUCUUUGUUCUUUGUAUGAUUUUGUUAGUAGAAAAAUAAAGUCCGAUGAAAUCUGA